AUGAUUUUCUCCGGAGAAUUCCAUCCAUUUCGUCUCCCGGUUCCGGAUCUGUGGCUCGAUGUUUUCCAGAAGAUUAAAGCUAUGGGCUUUACCGGUGUCUCUUUCUACGUGGACUGGGGCCUUGUGGAGGGUAACCCAGGACAUGUCGUGACAGAUGGCAUAUGGAGCCUGGAGAAAUUCUUCCAAGCUGCGACCGAAGCAGGGAUAUAUCUCAUCGCUCGUCCAGGUCCGUACAUCAACGCAGAGACGACCGCCGGUGGGAUCCCGGGCUGGGUCUUACGCAUGAAUGCAACUAUUCGCUCUGAUGACCCUGAGUAUCUCAAUGCGACUACUCAAUAUAUGUCUACCUUGGGUGGUAUCAUUGAGAAGGCACAAAUCACUCAUGGCGGACCGGUUAUUCUGGUGCAGCCUGAGAAUGAGUUUACGACGUGGCCGGGAGUCACCGACUUUCCUUCUCAGAUGAACAAAGAAUAUAUGGCCGAUGUGGAGAACCAGCUCUUAGAUGCUGGUAUUACUGUGCCGUUGAUCGUUAAUGAUAACGAGGUCGAAGGCUACUGGGCACCAGGAUCAGGACUGGGAGCCGUCGAUAUCUAUGGGAUUGACGCCUAUCCAAUGCGCUAUGACUGUGCCAAUGCUAGUGUAUGGCCAACAUAUAAAUUCCCACAUAACUGGCAAACUCUUCAUGAGCAACAAAGCCCGACUACGCCUUUCGCCAUUGCUGAGUUUCAAGGAGGGUCUGGUGAAGGCUGGGGAGGCGUGCUUGAGGAAAUGUGCGGCGAGCUCUUGAACGAAGAAGCCGUCCGGGUAGUGUAUAAGAACAACUACAGCUUCGGCGUGAAAAUCUUCAACAUUUACAUGACCUACGGUGGCACAAAUUGGGGAAAUCUGGGCUAUAUGAACGGAUACACAUCAUACGACUACGGUGCAGCAAUAACUGAAGAACGUGGAAUCUGGCGCGAAAAAUUUAGCGAAGAAAAGCUCGAAGCAAACUUCCUCAAAGUAUCACCCGCAUACCUGACCGCAACCCCCGGAAUAGGAGUCAACGGAUCCUACGGAGCACCAGCUUCAAUCGCAGUAACUCCUCUGCUCGGAAAUGACACACACACCAACUUCUACGUCGUUCGACAGGCUGACUUCAGCUCCACCGACACUACCCAGUACACCAUCAACCUACCCACAAGUAUUGGAAAUGUCACCGUCCCUCAGCUUGGUGGCAGUCUGACACUGUACGGUCGCGAUUCUAAAUUCCACGUCACAGAUUACGAUCUCGGCGGCAUAAAUUUGAUCUACUCUUCAGCGGAAAUCUUGACUUGGGCUCGGGGUGCCGGAUCAACACGUGUGCUGAUCCUGUAUGGUGGAGCUGGUGAAAGGCACGAAUUUGCCCUUGCUCGUCAUAUUGGAAAUCCAACUGUGACCGAAGGGAGUGGAAUAACUAUCAAACAGAAAGGCUCUACCUCGGUAAUACAGUGGGAAGUUAAACCGGAUCGUCGAAUUGUUCGCAUUGGAGAUUUGGAGGUUUAUCUGCUUUGGCGGAACGACGCGUAUAAUUAUUGGCCGUUGGAGGUCACUGCUGCAGAACCGAUCGGGAAUUUCUCUUCGCCGUCUAAGGAGUUGAUUCUUGUCAAGGCGGGCUACUUGAUGCGCAGUGCGAGUCUGUGCGGUGAGAAUGUUUGUUUAACAGGCGACGUCAAUGCGACGACAGAGAUCGAGCUGAUUUCCUCACCGGCGAAGAACGUCAGGGGAAUCCUCUUUAAUGGGGAGAAGUUGAAGACUUCAACUACAGGAACGAAAAAGCUGUCUGCUACGAUCGAAUACAGCCCGCCACGACUAGACAUCCCUGUGCUCGAAGACCUUGCGUGGAAAUACUUAGAUACGUUGCCCGAAAUCGCGACCUCGUACGACGAUUCGAGGUGGAUCAAUUGUUCCAAGACUUCGACGAACAACCCUCGGGAUUUGAGUACACUAACAAACCUAUAUGCCAUGGACUAUGGAUUUCACACGGGCUCAUUAAUUUACCGCGGUCAUUUUACCGCAACCGGACAAGAGUCAGACUUGUGGUUGAAUGUCUCCGGUGGUACAGGUUUCAGUCAUUCGGUCUGGCUGAACGACGUGUUUCUUGGAUCAUGGGCUGGAAGCAGCGCAAACUCCACAGCCAUUCAAGACAUACCAAUCACGGAAGACCUAGCUAUCGGAAGAUCCUAUAUUUUGACUAUCCUGAUUGAUAACAUGGGCCAGGAUGAAGAAGCACCAGGAACAGAUGUGAUCAAGUUCCCGAAAGGCAUUUUGAACUACGAGCUAUCAGGACACAACCAGUCUGAUAUUUCGUGGAAGGUAACUGGUAACCUUGGUGGAGAACAGUAUCAAGAUUUGGUCCGUGGUCCAUUGAACGAGGGAUCAAUGUAUGCCGAGCGACAAGGCUACCACUAUCCCAAGCCACCUAAUGCCGAUUGGAAAGUUUCAAAUCCGGUGAAGACUGGGCUCGCUGCACCAGGUGUUGGCUUUUACACGACGUCCUUCCAGCUUGAGAUUCCGGAUGGAUGGGAUGUCCCGAUGAGCUUUGUUUUCAAUUCAUCAGCAAACACGCGCAAUUUUCAGGGUGGACUGAACUAUCGCUGUCAACUCUUUGUCAAUGGUUACCAAUUUGGAAAGUACAUCAACAAUCUCGGCCCUCAGACGUCAUACCCUGUCCCUGAGGGUAUUUUGAACUACAGUGGAACCAACUACGUGGCCAUUACUCUCUGGGCUCAAGAUGUAGAGGGUGCUCAACUGGGUGGAAUAUCUCUAGUGCCGACGGCAGUUAUCCGCUCUGGCUACAGUAAGCCCGGACUCGCGCCGCAGCCCUCGUGGACACGUCGACCGGGAGCAUAUUAG